CGGACGGACGGAUGAGGCAGACGGGUAGACGGGGCAGACCACUUGACUUGCCGAGGCGAUACGAAAACGCCAGACUGUCUGGCAGUGCCUCUCAGUGUCGCUCAAGUGCCUCGCCAUCCUGCCCCGCGCCGCGCCGCAUCGUUGUUGAUGCUCUCGCAUCGCGUCAUCCUUUCAGUUGUCCGCCAGCCGAGCUACCGAUCACUUGUCGCGUCUCUUCACUCACUUCGCAGUUCUUUGAUUAUCAUCCUCGGUCAAGUUCAAGUUUAAAGUUGCAAGUUCUAAGCCAUGCCAGUUAGCAAAGAGCGACGUCUGCUGCGGACACCAAAGUGCGCCCGCUGUCGCAAUCAUGGCGUCAUCUCGUGCGUCAAGGGCCACAAGAAGCUGUGCCGCUGGCGCGAAUGCUGUUGCCCCAACUGUCAGCUUGUGGUCGAUCGUCAGCGUGUCAUGGCCGCCCAGGUUGCAUUGCGACGCCAACAGACAAUGGAAGCUUUGGAGUUGCGCACCUCGCACAGUUCGACGCCGGAGCCAAAUAGUGAUGAGGAGUUGUUGUGUCCAACGAGUCAGAGUAGUGGAAACAGUUCGAUGGCGGCCACGCGUCAAGCUUUGUUGGCCCAGAAACGCAUCUACAAGCAGCGUCUGCGCAAUCUACAGCAGUCGACGCUGCACAUAACCGCAGCCAUGGAAGAAUACAAGCAGCGAUUUCCCACGUUCAAUUCACCGCUGUUGGAACGCAUGCGCAAACGUCGCGCCUUCGCUGAUCCGGAACUGAAUUAUGCCAUGGAUACCACGUUACUUGGCAGCACCGCCGCCUGUGCCGCAUCAGCGACUCCUUUGGCCACACCGACAGCAGUGUUGGGCAACGCCUUUUAUGAUCUAUUGGGCAAUGCCGCCGCCGUCGCUGCUGCAGCAGCUGUCGCCCAACAACGCAACCAGCAACAGCAACAGCAGCAGCAACAACAACAGCAGCAAGCGGCAUAUCAAUCAAUGCCGCUCUUCACACACACGCCCACAAUAACAACGCCCAGCAGCACAGCGAAGAAGCCCAAGCUGAGUUUCUCCAUCGAGUCGAUAAUUGGCAUCACCACGUAACCAUGAAAAACAGCUGUCCGCAAUUUGUACAUAGUAAUAUUUUUUUUUAUACAUUU